AAUGUCAGCCACUGACGAGUUUUCGCUGGCGGAUGCUUUACCCGACAGCUCCCCUGCCAAGAACGCCGCCUUGGGCACCACGAAACCCGCUCCCCAACCCGGGCAGCCCCCCCCACAAGCCUGGCCGGCCCCCAACCCCUGGAGCAGCCCCCCCAGCGCUCCCCCCACAGCCCCCUCCGGACUGCCCCCUAGCACAUCCGCCUCCACCGUCCCGUUUGGGCCGCCGCCAACUGGGAUGUAUCCUUCCCUGCCCCCUGGAGCUCCCGCUCCUUUCCCUCCCCCCGGGUCUGCCUGCCCUCCCCCCGGAGGUCCGUAUCCACCCCCGGGGCCCGUCCCCCCGGGGCAGUACCCUCCACCCAAUAUGCCCUUCCCGGAGCUUCCGAGGCCAUACAGCGGUCCGGCAGACCCAGCAGCUCCCCCUACUGGUGUCGGACCGUGGGGGUCCAUGCCCUCUGGGGGUUGGGGCCCCACAGUGGGAGGCCAAUAUCCCGCUCCCACCAUGCCCUAUCCACCCCCAGCGCCAUAUUCCACUCCUACCCAGACACCGGGGGCCGCACCUACAGUGCCGUGGGGGGCUGUCCCGCCAGGACCUUGGGGACCUUCGCCUCCGGGCCCAUUUCCCCCACACGCCGGCUCCUACCCGGCUCCUGGACUGUACCCAACGCCACCCAAUCCUUACCAAGUGCCACCUGCGCCCGCCGGGGCUCCAUCCAUGCCUGGUGGACCUCACCCCUACCGCUGAACUGGAGGGGGGCUAACAAAGUCCUUCGUCUCUGCCCGCGCCCACUAUUUACGGACAUUUUAAAAGAAACUUUUGUUUGGUAACCUUUUUUCGGAGUCUUGGAAGAACACGCCCGCCUCCUCCCGCGUGCCGUCCGAGGUGCGAAGGGGGCACUCUGCGUCAGCCAAACUCUCUUCCGCCGGGGAAGCCGUCUUCUCGUCGUCGGUCAAGGUGGAUGGAGAACAGCAAGCCAAUUGCUCCAACUCUGCGAUCCUCACUCAGCUAAGGAAGCCCGUCUUCAGAGUCCACUGGAAGCUGCUCAGUGAAUAAGGAGCUCUGUGGAAUCGAGCCACGGGAAGGGCGUCCUUGCUUUUGCUCCUGUCUGUUGCUGCGACCACUCUAUUCGCCGAACUUUAUGGCAGUCGCUGGACCUGGUACACUCCCCUGAGCCGUGUUUUGCUUAUUCAUUGCCAUAAAUCCAACGUUUUUGAGAGGGGCUCUUGGAGAGACGUGCGCGACCCACACCGCAGUAAUUCAACCAAUUAAAGAGAAGCAAUGUAGAUGAAAUUUGAAGUGGGGUGAGGGAGGGGGUUCACACAAUCGGGCUCAGCUUUUUCCUGGUUUGGGGCGGGAGGGGAAUUGUUGCAGGGAGGGGUUUGGAUGCUUGACGCUCAGUUCAGAAACGCAAGGCAGACCAGGGGGGUGUCGAGGCCAUCAGAAUGUAUAUGGGAGAGGGACGUCUCUCGACUGAUAUUGUGGUUUCCAUAAAAAGUAAUGGGUUUUGCUUCUUCCGAGAUGGCCUGUUUUUCAAUCUGGAUCUAAAGCUACUUGUGCUUUUGAGUGUGACUAACUUCCUGUUUUUACUCCGUUCCUAUAAUCUGUCUUUUGGAUUCAGCGAGGGGAGGGGGUUAGGGGCCCAGAAGGGUCCAUCCCUGCCCAGAACCUAACUUUACUGCAGCCCUGCUUAAUAAACGAGCGGUCGUCAUGUCGGAGUUCCACAAAACGUGGGCUUCUGGCUCGCUCUUAACCGUGGUGUGUUCUCAGCUUUGCCAAAGGUCUUAUCCGGCAUGAAUCGAGGGGGCACAGAUCUCUCCAGGUCUGCUCCUAGGAAGCCUUUCUUGUGUCGGAGAAUUCUCUUGUCUGUUCUCAGGUGGCUUCGAGUUAACCGAAUCUGCCAGGCAUGGCAAACCUUUGGAUACCAUUGCAGUCGCGAUAUGUGCUUUGCUCUGCAAGGCUUUGGGGAGGGGGGCUCCCUUUUGACUUCACCAGGAGGCUCAAUUUCCAAUUUAAGCGUACCCUCCGCGGGGCCUCCGGGACGGUAUCAGGAACUAAAUGUGGUCAGGAUCAGUGUUCCCUCUAAGCUGAGCUGGUGUGAGCUAGCUCACAGUUUUUUAAGCCUCCG